UGUUAUCAAGGAAGUAACAACUUUCGUUUUUGAAGAUGCCAGAAAUUCGUUGACUAUCCAAACUGCAACUAUUUAAAUAAUACAACCACAUAAGAACGUAAUGAGUGGUGUACUUAAGAUAUUCGAGUAACUAUCGGAACGGACUGGCUUACAACAGUCAACAAAAGAUGGAUGCAGUUCCAGGGAGAAUCGCGCCCGAGGCUACAGGGUCGUCCCAUGACCACACUUAUUGUCAGCCAUGUGCUGAGGAUGGGAAGAGAAUCCUUCCUGAUGCCUUCUGUACCGUCUGCAAUGAGUUUUUGUGUCCCAGUUGCGCCCGGGUACACAGGAACAUGAAGCUGACCAAGAGCCACGUCCUUCAGGACAAGAGCAGUAUGCCUUCUUCAUUCCAUGCUCAUAGUGAGGCUGAUACGUUUACAGAGACAUGUCAGUUCCAUACUAAAGAUUUCAUUAAAUAUUACUGUCUCCAUCACGAGGCACUUCUAUGUGGAGAAUGUUUGGCUGACAAAACCCACCGCUCAUGUAUUAUUGAAAGGAUUUCUCAACUUGCAAAACGAUACGACAAGGGUACAGAAUACAACAGCCUGAAAACAGGACUUGUCCAGGCGGCCAAUUACAUUGGCAAACUAUCACACGACGUACAGGCGGUCAUGAAAUCAGUUGACGAAGAAAGCCUUACCAAUAUCAAUGAGUUUCGCAUAUUUAGGAAUGAAAUUAACCAGCACCUGGAUAAAAGGGAAAACGAACUCUUGGCAGAAAUUGAUGAGAUAAAACGAACAUCCAAGACACUUUUAAAUGAACUGAAAACACAAUGCACGAACAUGAAAUCAUCCAUCGAGAAACUUAAGUCGGAGCUACAAGAACAGGACGACAACUGCAAUCGGCUGUUAAUAGUAGGAAAGCGAGCUUUAAAAGAGCUGGCUGGUCUCCAGGCAGCCAUGGAAGAGGUGAGCAGGAGGAGUGAAGUUCCCCGAUACAAGUUUCACAGGGACUCUGCAACUGAGCAGUUAAUAGCUUCAGAAAUAGCAAUAGGAUGGCUGGAAGUGGGCGAAUCGACAUCGGCGUUUUGGCUGCAGCAAAGACAACAGCAGACGAAGCAUGAACAACGACAACAGGAUACGAUGCAACAACACCAAAAACACAUGAAAGCUGAAUCACAAAAAGGCGAAUCAACUGCUGCUGCAGGGCAGCAAGAACGACAACAACAGAAGGAGCAGCAACCACGGCAACUCGAGGCGAUGCAGCAACAACACAAACACAUGCAAGGUGUAUCACCAAAAGGCGAAUCAACUACUGCUGCAGGGCAGCAAGAAAAACAACAACAGAAGGAGCAGCAACCACGGCAACUCGAGACGAUGCAGCAACAACAAAAAUACAUGCAAGGUGUAUCACCAAAAGCCUUAAACCAAUGCCGAGCAGAUCUAAGCCAAUCCCAGUUUCGCAAGCUGCCUGACAUUCCAGUAAAGAAGGCAGCCGACACCCGUGAAUGCUUCCUGACCAGUAUGACCAUCCUGUCCAGAGGCAGGCUCCUACUGGCUGACUGCCACAAUUGCUCAGUAAAGCUUGUGGACACCACUACCAACAAGAUGGUGUCCCAGGUGAAACUUCCAGGUCAACCGUGGGACAUGUGUCUCCUGCCCGGGGACAGGGCAGCCGUCACUCUGCCUUUGAAGAAUAAGAUACAAUUCGUAUCUACUCAGGGAAAUGUAACAUUACUGGAUCGUGUUAAAGUAGAUGGAUACUGUUAUGGAAUAGAUUUCUGUGAUGACUACUUGGUAGUGUCCUUCUGCCCAGGUAAGGUUGUGUUGAUGAACAUGAAAGGAAAGGUGAAGAAGAGUUUGUACAAAUACAACAGUGGAGAACCUUUGUUUCAGAAUCCCUGCUAUCUGACAGUGACCAGGGAGAGCCUGACUCCUCCAGUCAUAUACGUCCCAGACUGGAGCACCAACACCAUAACCAAGCUGAGCAUCUCACUAGAGGUGCUCCAUACAUACCAAGACCCGAUACUGAAAUCACCACGUGGUAUGACUGCCGUAGGGGACAACCAGCUGCUCGUGUGUGGGAUGGACAGUUACAACAUCCUAUUACUAGACACGCUCACCGGCAAGAUAACCCAACUGCUGGGUAGGGAGGAGGGGAUAGAGAGUCCACGCAUUUUGGCUUACUGUUCACAGAAGAAGAUGAUGUUUGUCACCUGCAGUCGGUAUAAAAGACCUGAAUUGGAGAAUUUCGUGAAGGUUUUCAACUUAGUAUAGAUCAUGUCAGUCAAUUUAUAUGAGUGAAAUUUGUAUCAGGUGUGAAAUAAUUCUAAUGUAUAAUAUUAUACUGGCAAUACGCAUAUACAAUGCUUAUUUUCACAUAUCGCCUAAUUCAAUUACUGUGAGAGUAUUUGACGGAAACUUGACUUUUAAAUUAUGUUGAAUUCUUACAGUUUUCAAAUAAUUAGUGACAAGUCGUGUAGUAAUGUAUUAUAAGAUAUACGAGUAUGAAAAUGUGUAUUAGUAAUUGAAAUGUUAGUACCUGAUUGUGUAUGAUAUAUACCAACAAGUUGGUUUCUUACUUGUGAAUGUUUAAUAAAAAAAUGUAAUUGUGUAAUAGAAUGAUUCAGAAUAUAGAUUAUAGAGAUAUAGACACGAUGUGUCUUUUUUCAAUCAGUUUGUAUUUAGUAAAUAUGAUGUUUAUAAUGUGUUUAUAUUGAAAUUAAACAUAUAUGUACGUAUCCUUAUACAUGUAUAUUGAAUAAAUAAUUCAAUAGACAUUCA